CCACCCGUUGAACCGUUGAGCCAAUCACAGCUCAGGGCCUGUGCAGCUGGGUUUGCAUGGAGUCUGUAUAAGGACUGUGGCUCUGAACUCUGACUUCAUUCGUUACUGUUGAAGGUAAACGAUGCCUGAACCAGCAAAGUCUGCGCCCAAGAAGGGCUCCAAGAAAGCCGUGACCAAGGCUGCCGGCAAAGGAGGAAAGAAGAAGAGAAAGACCAGGAGGGAGAGCUACGCCAUUUACGUGUACAAGGUCCUGAAGCAGGUCCACCCCGACACCGGCAUCUCCUCUAAGGCUAUGAGCAUCAUGAACUCGUUCGUCAACGACAUCUUUGAACGCAUCGCCUCUGAGGCCUCUCGUCUGGCUCAUUACAACAAGAGAUCCACCAUCACCUCCAGGGAGAUCCAGACCGGAGUGCGCCUCCUGCUGCCCGGUGAGCUGGCCAAACACGCCGUGUCUGAGGGCACCAAGGCCGUGACCAAGUACACCAGCUCCAAGUAAACCCUUGUGGUCCUAGACCUGAACUCAAAGGCUCUUUUAAGAGCCACCCACUAGAUCUGAAAGAUGAACUUCAGCU